GAUGUUUAGCAAUUGAGCUAUUCUUACCUCUCUCAGUUAUUUCAUUGAAGCGCACUCAACGUUCUCCAUUGAAGCGCAGUUGACGUUCUCCGUUAAAUCUAAUUCUUGUAUCCCCAUUGAAGUAGCUUCUAAGUUUCCGGUGUGUUCGGUCGGCUCUGUGCAUAAGCUAGAUUCUUCAAAAUUAGUAUGUCUGAGGAAAAUGAAAAGAAGACUGAACAAGUGUGCAGCUUUGUUAAAAAACCAAUGGGGAACAAAAACAUGAGAAAACGGCCUAUAGUUGACGCUGGAGAUGACGAUAAAGGGGAGAGUUUUGUGACACACUCUGCUAAAAGGUCUGCUACUGGGACAUCCAAGCGGACGGUGUCUGAGGAAUCAACCAAGGAUGAAAAGAAUGUGCUGUUUCAAUAUGAGUCUUCGAAAGAGAUUCAGGUGCAGAAUGAUAGCAAAGCGACAGCUACUCUUGAAACUGAGACAGACUUCUCAAGAGACUCCAGGGCUAUUCGAGAGCGAGCUCUCAUGAAAGCUGCGGAGGCGUUGAAGGGAAAAACUAACAAGACAUCUGGUGAUGAAAAGGUAUAUAAGGGUAUGAACAGUUACACUGAUCACAGAGCAGGUUUCCGCCGUGAGCAAACUGUUGCUGCUGAGAAAGCUGGUGGGGCUCACGGUCCUCUCAGGGCCUCAGCUCAUAUUAGAGUAUCUGCUAGAUUUGACUACCAACCAGACAUUUGUAAGGACUACAAAGAAACUGGCUACUGUGGUUAUGGUGACUCAUGUAAGUUUAUGCAUGAUCGGGGUGAUUAUAAGUCUGGAUGGCAGAUGGAAAAAGAAUGGGAUGAAGCAGAAAAGGCUAGAAAGAGAAAUUUAGCUAUGGGAUGUCAUGACAGUGAUGAAGAGGAUGUUGAUCAUGACUCGGAAGAGGACGAUGAUUCCUUGCCAUUUGCCUGUUUUAUUUGUAGGGAGCCUUUUGUCGACCCAGUGAUGACGAAAUGCAAGCACUACUUCUGUGAGCAUUGUGCUUUAAAGCAUCAUGCCAAGAACAAGAAGUGUUUCGUUUGCAACCAGCCUACCCUAGGAAUCUUUAACACUGCUCAUGAGAUACGUAAAAGGGCAGCAGCAGAAAAAAAAUGAAGAGUUUGUCAAUCUACACUCUUAUUCUGUACUUUAGACUAGUAUACUGCAGGAAAUUUCACUUCGGAUUUUCUAGCUACCUGGCAAAACAGUAGUUUUCAAAGAACUACGAGUAGUAUUUAUUUCUUUUAGGAAAUACUUCUGGAAAAAAAAUAUUUGUCACUGUAAUUCUCGAGGGGCUUUGAUUAUGUAAAUGGGUUUUGGUAUGUGCUUAGCUUAAGCAACUAUUAAUGGAAAAACAGAGUACAUUGUGUUAAA